CAAGUUAACUGCAGCGGCAGCCCACUGCUGAGCUGUAUGCUUGGCUUUGUUCAUCAACCCAUUAUUUAGUCCACCAGAUUAAUAUGUGUUGCCUGGCUUCAGGCUUCUCUACCAUUGCUGUCAUGUCUUCUUCCAAAAGGUCUGAUUGUCUCUUUUGGCUCAUGGCUGCUCUUCACUAAACCCUCAUUUGUGCUGACAUUAUGUAAGGGGAAAUUUACAGCAUUAGUUGAUUUGAGAUUUAUAGGUAACAGGUGUAUAUGUAAGCUACAAGUGGUAAGCCUUGUUAGUGGGAGCCUGCAAAGUUAAGUGAGCAAAGUUUUUUCUUCUCAGCAUCUUUUAUGAAUCCAGUGUAGCCCACUGUAGGAAAAGAUCUUUAGACUAAGUUCAAGUAUAAAUGUGAGGAAGUUUUUGCAAGAGGCCCCAGAUGUCCAGUAUCUGAAACUGGUCAUACUGUAAUCAAUGGGACAAACAUUGCAGAAGUGAGGCAACAUGAAAAAUGAGCUAUUGUAUACUGAUGAAUUUGAAAGUAAAUUGAUAAAUCGAUCAUGUUAACGUUAGAUUUUUAUUCUAGUAUAGAUUUUAGAUGAUCGUCCCAAUGCUAUUAUAGGUGCACUGUUAAUAUGUACUAUUAAUUUUAUAAAUAUUCAAGACUUUCAUUGUGUUUGGCAUCCAGCUAACAAAGAUAGAUGUGUUGAGACACAUUAGUAUGACACUUACAUAAUAAUAUAACUUAGUAUACUCAAAAAUGUGAUGAUAAAGUUAAAAGGUUAUCUUUUCCUGGAUUUAAGCUGAGGUGAAGUGGAACAGCUGUAGGGUCUGUGUGAAUGUGCCCAUUUCAAGAUAUUUGCUAUGGAUUCACAUGGGAGUUCUCAGAACGUGGAUGGAGAUCACUGAAACAAAGAUUGUUCACAGAGAGAAACAGCUGAGAGGGAGAGAGAGAGAGAGCUUGAUUGAGGGGUACAAGAAGGUAAAAAAGGUUGGGGAGGUGCUUGAGAGGGGAGGAAAGGGAGUGGUAAUGAGAGAAGGAGGGACUGGAAGUGAGGGAAAAUGAUACAGAAGCAGAGGGAGAUGUCCCUGUGUAAACGGUAGCUGUCGUUCUCUCUUGAAAGUGGCUCCCCAUUGGCUAACCAGAAUCCCCCCUGUGCGAAGGAAGUAUCACCAGGGAAACUUUGUCUCGCUGCCUCUGUGCAUGUUUUCCUCCUUGCCAGGGUUAUUUUUAAAUAGCAUUCGGCUUCCUGCUCAGACUAAAGACUACAAGCCACAGCAUCCCUGCUUUGUUGUUUUCAGGAUUUGCCAGUUCACAAAUCAAGAAAAAGCCGCAGCAAUGUUCUCCUCUUCUCCUCACCCACAGUUACAUUGCAAGCUUUUUGCAAAAAUGGGGGACGACCGACCUUUCGUGUGCAAUGCUCCUGGCUGUGGACAGCGGUUUACCAAUGAGGACCACUUGGCUGUACAUAAACACAAGCAUGAGAUGACACUGAAAUUUGGACCAGCCAGAACGGACUCUGUCAUAAUUGCAGACCAGACACCUACUCCCACCCGCUUCCUAAAGAACUGCGAGGAGGUUGGUCUGUUCAAUGAGCUGGCCAGCUCUUUCGAACAAGAUGAGGAUGACAAGAGAGCAAAGAACUCUCUUCCUGCACCCAACUCUGUUGCUUUGGACAUGAGCCUGCAGACAACAUCAGACGUGAAGGUGAAAAAAGAGGCGCCUGUAGAGGUCGACUCAUCGCCACCAGAAAGCCCUGAAUCUCUCUCUGGAAGGUCAGACAACAGCAGGGAGCCUCUACUUAAAGGAAAGGACACACCACCCAGGAGUUCAGCCCCCACCCCGACUAUUGUGCGUCCAGGUUCCCUCCCACUACACUUGGGCUUUGAUGCCCUUCAGCCCACCAUGCCUUCACCCACCUCUGUCAUCACACAGGCACCACCUUCCAAUCGUACAAGUCUGGGUUCGCCAACCAGCCACUACCCCAUGAUGAUGCUUCCCUCAGGUCAGGCAGUGCCUGUGCUCCCCGGUCCAGUGCAGAUGCCCUCUGUCAUUAAUUUGGCCCGACCCAUGUGCAUGGUACCGAACAUUCCUGGGAUCCCCGGUCCUCCUCUGGGAGGUAGCAGCAGUGGCUCAAACUCCCCCUCUGGCUACAGCAUCCACUCAGAGGCCAAGAUGCGCCUGAAGGCUGCGCUGUCACAGCAGAGCCCCUCUGGACAUAAUAUGGGGGUCAUGGGCAUGGGCAGCAGCCCCAUGGUACCUCAGAGGGCAGAGCAGAGCCAGCUGCUCGUCCAGCAGCCAGAUGCUCCAUCACCUGCACAACCUCAGGUAUCUCCAGCGCAGCCUACAGGUGGGCGUCGGCGGCGGACGCUAGACGAUGACCCAGAUGAGCGAAGGCAGCGCUUCCUCGAGAGGAAUCGGGCCGCGGCAUCGCGCUGCAGACAGAAACGCAAGCUGUGGGUCAGUUCCCUAGAGAAGAAGGCUGAGGAGCUCUGCACCCUGAACGUCUCACUGUCGAACGAAGUGUCUCUGCUGCGGAACGAGGUGGCUCAUUUGAAGCAGCUACUGCUGGCCCACAAGGACUGUCCUGUGACCACCCUCCAGAAGAAGAAUGCCUACUUAGCUGCAGAAGAGAGCAUGAAAGACACCUCAGAGCCCACAGGUUCCCCUGCCCCGGUGAUCCAGCACAGUUCUUUGGCACCCAGCCCCUCUGCGGGGCAAAACGGCCUUAGUUCAAGGGCAGCAGCUGAGGCCAUGGCUAUGUCUGUGCUGGCAGGAAUGGGCCAGCAGCAGAGGGCUGAGAGUGGACCCUCUCACAUUAUCAUGGCUGCACAAUCUCAAUCUGCUGCCAGAUGAUGAGCGAUGCCACCACGGCCCAGAAUUGGCUCACAGUCGUCAACCGGGGGUAAAGAAGAGCAGUGGACGCCCCCAAAUUUCUUAUCUUCCCCUUCCCUCUUCGUAGUGGUCCGCUGCUCUCUCUGACCCUCUUGUAGAGCCAUCGUGCUGUGGCCUGGAGCUCAGCAGCAGCCUUCUGGGAAUGGACCGAGACUUUUCAGAGAGCUUCCUGUUCACUUUGCCAUAGACUACAGGGGCUGGACUCCAACCUCCCAUCUUCGUUUCCCCUCUGUGCUUCCCUGCUACAUCUCUCCUCACCCUCAGUCAAAAUGACUCCUCACUGGACUGUAGGACUGCAUAGCUCUGAGUGUACUGCCAUUAUCGAAUUCCCAUGUGGACACCCACCACACAUGUGCACAGUUUCUCACACGCAGGUGUUGCAUAAAUGUUCUUGAUCAAAUCAGAUAUCACACAGGGCUUUACACUGUUUUCAGCAGGGAAUAGUGCCUCGUGCUCCUCGACUUUUUAGCCAUGCACACACCCACACAUGCCAUUAUAGCACACGUCCUUAUACAUCCUUGGCGCUAAAGAUGCAGUAGUUGUCUAGAUGUCAGUCAGUGACUCAGAUCUCAAUAUUUACGCAAAAAGUUCUGUGAGUGGUUCUUCCUUUUGGUGAGCUCAAAAUGGACCCAAAAACCUUACCUCAUUUACACCCAUUAUGAUAAAACUGAUUAACUGUGUGUGUGAUUGGCUCUGUGUGUGUAUAUAUUUAUGUACAACAUAGCAGUCUGCCUACUCCUGAUCUUAUAUGUUAAUAGCUGGAUUGUUAGCAUGUUUCUAUUAGGGUUUUAUGUUCUCAAUACAUUAUGUGCAGCUAUGGUUUUUUUUUUAUUUAAUUGGCACAUCCUCCCCAAUUUGUCCACAGAACCCAAACACAUUGAAUGGACCUUGUGUCACCUUUAAAUGAGUUCGUUUCAGCAAAAGCUUAUUCUGACCACAAGGGAAUUUGGUUUCUCCCUCCUCCUCACUUUCCUCUAAAAUAGGCAGUUCUGUUGUUUAUUGGCUUGUAAGUGGAUGCCUUUUUCAUUUUAUGUGAACCUAUUCUAGUGACUGUGUUUCUCUGUGUGGGCUCUGGACUCACUGUAACUGUUAUUUUCACACUUCUCAGGAUGGUUGCACAUCCUUGCUGCUCGAUGGAAGUGUGACGAACCCCUUAGUCCCUUUGCUCUUUACCAAACCUUACCCAAGCCAUAAUGACAACAGAUCAGAUCUCUGAGUCUCCAAAGACCACCUGGUGGGCACUUGUUCUGGCACAGGAAGUAAAUGACCUGACUGUUUUGUUUUGUUUUGUGAUUCAAAGGUCACAGUGACACAAUCGACAGUAUAUCACUGCUUAUUACUUGCACUUGCUUGUUACAGUCUCACCAUGUUUGAUAAUUUUGCCUUAAGAUCACAUUGGUGCCUCCGAUAUCCCCACUUAAAUGUACACAGAUUCACUCAUGGGAAGAACAAUGGGGUCUUGGAAAAAUAUAUUUCUCUUUCAGCAAAUAACAGCCAAUACUUUCAGUAUUGCUGAUUGAUUGAAUCAUUAGUUUCUUGUCGGUCGCAUGAAAUUUUACAACCCUCGUCUGUCAUCUGGUGGAGAGACACAGCAAAGACAUCUUCACAGGAAAAAGUCAAGAUGUCUUGUGACUGUUUCUGAAAGGCUCCGAUUUCUUAAGAAAUCCCACCAAAAAUAUUUUAACAAGAUAACAGUGUAUUUUCACACAAAUAUCUGUCAUUUGUUUUUGUUUUUCCUGUAUAUUUUUCCGCCUCUUUUGCCCAAUAUGAUUAUGUAUGUACAAGAUGUGAUGUUUCAGAAACAAGGUAUCUGUCCACUGACACAAGGGCAUGUCUUUAUGCACUAAAAUAAUGCAGGUUUAUUGUUGCUUUGCCUUUCUGUUCAUUUUAAAAUUUUGCAGUUCCCUUAGUCCUUCUCGGAAAUACCAGAUCCGUUUUUAGAAGAUAUGUAUUUUCUGUUAUCUGUACUGUAUACCUGAAUGGGAAUUUUCCCAGCAGUUUUAAUGCCUUUCACUUCUGACUGAACCUUUUGUCCUACAGUCCCAGUGCCGACCCCGACAUUUUGUUGUACUUCGGAGCUGGCACUAUAUUUGGCUGGCAGUCCCUUAUAGACGAUUGUUCAUAUGAAAUGAAAAUUCAUACUAUAUUUAGCUUUCAUGUUUUCAUGUAAUUCAUGUCAUUGGCACCUUUUCUGUCAUUUCUUAUUUUCUCUUGUGUGCUAUUUUCAGCACUACACAACCUUUUGUCAUAACGCUUCUGAUUGUAAUGAUAAGUAUAGAAACUGAUUUCUUUAACACACAGAUUUAUUUUUUAUUUUUUCGUUUUCUCUGCAGAAAAUGUCAUUAGUCCUUUUUCAGAAAGAGAUUCCCUUUUGUUAUAUCCUUGAAGAUGAAUUUGGUAAUGUCUUUUGACUGGCCUUAUCUAACUUAUUUUUUUUAAUUGGACAACUAAUAAUCGACAUUAUGAUCUCCGGCAUAAUACUGUUACCAAGAAUUGUUGUGGAAAAAAAGCAGUUGAAAAAUGCAACAAAGUGAAAGUUGCACUUAGUGUUUUAAUGGUUUUUCACACUCCCGUUGUUGGACUGAUGAUUUCAAAGAUUGUCCUUGUACUGUACAUAUCUGUACUAUAUGAAUAUAUUUACUUUUCCAUGCAUGUCCAAGUGGAUUACUAUGCUGCAGUUUUAAUUAAAGAAACUACAUCUUAA